AUGUCCUCCAUGAUCUCGUUUUCCGUAUCAACGCAUUCAGCAACGAGCACGGCGAUAGCCACCGGCAACGGUGAACUAUCUGGGGGGGCGAAAGCCGGCAUUGGCGUUGGGGCAACACUUGGAGCUAUCGCCUUGAUCGGGUUGGGUAUCUUCAUUGCUAAGGCGUUGCGAUGGCGCAAGAAGGCGCGAAAUGCGACUUCUUCGUAUCGUCUACCUGAAGAGUACACAUCGAAGGACGUUUAUCGAUAUGAGCAGGAUGGCAACCCUGUACAGCUAGCCGGCACGGAGAGCGAACUGCACGAAAUGCCGGGGUCUGUAAAAGUGUCCGAGCUAGAUCAGGGUUCAUACAUUCGGUCAGUUGGCGGUAGUGCUACAAAAGCUUAA